AUGAAUAAUCGUCCAUGGAACAUUGAAGCAAAUGAACAAGAAUUUGUUAAUGAAUUGUCUAUGAUACUUCAAGAUUUUGCGUAUGAAGCAUUAACUACAAAACCACAAGAUAUAAAUCGUUUUGCAAUAACUCAUUUUCAUAAUAGAAUAAAACAUAAGUCUACUGGACAGGGGGCAACUCUCCAUUCUGACAUCAUAGCCAAUCGUUUAGCUCCACAGAUUACGAAUAGCAUUGAGAAAAACAUUCUAAAACAGUCAAUAAAAGAAAAUAAUUCGCCCGUUGAUGAUAAACAAUUGUUACCAUUUCCUGUUGAUCUUCAUUCUGCAUCUUCCACUCUCACACGUUCGAUUUCUCAUAAUCGUCGUCAAUCGAUACGAUCUGAAUCAAUUGAUCCUGAAUUGACUGCUAAAUCAUUUACACCCACACACACAAAAAAUCAAAAUGAUCGACAGUUAUUAAUAAAUUAUAUGAAAAAUAUUGUGAUAUUACAAGAUUUAAAUGAUGAAGAAGUUGAUAAAGUAUUAGAUUUAUUUGAAGAAAUUCAUACUCAACAAGGUGAAAUUAUUAUUAAUUAUGGUGAUGAUAGUGAUUAUUUAUUUAUUGUAAAAGAAGGUCAAUUUGAAGCAUUGGAUAUCGAUAAAAGAAAUUGGCAAGUAAAAGAAGUUGCUAAAUAUGAAAUGGGUGAUCAUUUUUGUGAAUUAGCAUUAUUAUAUAAUCAAAAACAGUCAACAACUAUUCGUUCACUAAAUGAUGGUCUUCUUUGGAAAAUAAAACGAAUUGAUUAUCGAAAUGUUAUCGUUAAUUUGGCUCAUCAACGACGUUGUCGUUAUAUAGAAUUUUUAAAAACUGUACCCAUUUUGUAUGAACUAAACGAUACUGAACGAAUGAAUAUAGUCGAUUCACUCAAAUUAAUUUAUUAUAAUGCUGGAGAAAUUAUUAUUAAACAAGGUGAUAAAGCUGAUUGUAUGUAUUUUAUUGAGAAUGGAAAUGUAAGAAUUGAAAUACAACAAAAUGGGAUGAAACAAUCGAUGAAAGAUCUUGGACCGGGAAAAUAUUUUGGUGAAAUGGCAUUAAUAGCUGAUCAACCGCGAACAACAUCGGCUGUAGCAAUAGAUAAAACAAGAUUAGCACAAUUGUCAAGACAUGCAUUUGAACGAUUAUUAGGAACAUGUUUAGAUAUUAUGAAACGAAAUGCGACUACAUAUAAAACAUUUAAAGAACAAGUUAAAACAUACAUUCAAACAUAA